CAAACUUACCCCGCCCAAUACACUGAAAAUGAGAGAUAUCCAAACACCACAGAGCGACCAAUUUUCUGCAAAUCGCCCAACCAAAUCCAAAAUUUCUUCCGAUCUCAGUACAGAUCCGUUCAAAGUCAUGAAGAAGUCUCUGAAUCCUGCAUUCAAAGCUGUUUCGGAGGACGAUUCUACUGUUCUGGAUUUUCUGAAGGAAUUACCCGAGGUUUCCGUUAACAAUCAAUUUCCUGAAUCCGCUGAGAACUUGGCUGCAGCAUAUCCAGUGGGCGGCACACAUUCUCGAAAACCAGUCGCUAUCUCAGAUCUCAACUCAUCACCAAUGUCCUCUGAAAUUACUUCCGACACCAAACUUGAAAUAAACUCUGAUUACAAGUUAGCAUCCUAUGAAGUAGAGGCUGUAAUAAAACAUCUCAAAGAAGCUCGAAUUCGGGUCAUGGAAUCAACGGAUUUGGGAUCUUCAAAGAAGCUUCUGAAGGCUAUGAUAGAGAAUUUCAUUGAAGAGUUCGAUGGUGGUCGGUGCGAGGACACCAAAUGGCUUGCAUCCAACAAGGGCAAUCUGGUCCUGCUGAUUGUUAUGAUGGUGAUAUCUGCUGUGUUAGUGCUUUGGUUCUUCAGUUCGGGCACAGAGGGAUUCGUCUCUGGGCCACUACCAACUUAA